AUGCCAAGACUGAAUGAAAAAGCUGCAUCACACUUUGAGAGUUUCUCUGAUGCCAAGAAACUUGAGCACUUCUUCUUGAGGUUAGAAGACCUCUUUGACAAGUGUGUGGUUGAUGAUAAUGAGGAGAAAAAGAAAGCAGUGAUAUCUUAUACAGAUAUCAAAACAGAGCACCAGUGGAAAGUGCUUCUUAGCUUUGCUGCUGGUGAAAAAUAUGAUGACUUUAAAUCUGAAGACAGUGAUAGAGAUGCAAUAUUAGAACUCAAAAGGCUAGUACAUCAUUAUGACAUAGUCCAGAUUAAUGACAAGAAAGAGCAUGGUGUGAAACAGGAAGAGAUAGAGAGUGUGCUUGCUGUCAUAAAGGAUUUCAUGGAACAGCAGACCUCUAUAAGCACUGCUCGAAGAUGGUUGAUAGAAGAGCAUGACUACCAGAUGAGAGAGAGGUACCCAAAGAUAUUAGAGGGCACUGGCAAGUUGCAGAGCCAGAAUAUAGUGAUAAAUGCUAUAGACACUUCAGGGCUAUUCUAUGUCUCAGAGGGUUAUAGCAUGCUAUUGCAAGAAAAAUAG